AUAUAGUUCUCGGAAUAUUUGUGCUUCCUAAGUCAAAGCCUAUACAUUUGAACAACAAAAAAAUAAAUUGAACUGUAUAAUGGUGGCACAAUGGAACAUUAUAUCGAAACUUUCACGUGCUUUCAAGCAGCUGAGGACUGCGUAUAGCGAAUACUAAAUAGUACUUAUAAUUGGUGAAUUUAAGGACAAAUAGUUUUUCAGAUGGUUCCGAGCUCUUUAAAUGUCAAAAAGACCGUUAUGAAUUAUUUGGUGUACACAUCUGUGUUGGUAUUCGGCGUAMGAGCGUCUGCAUUCGGGUCGAACAAUUAUACGCUCAGGCGACACAAGGUGCACAAUAUAGUUUUAUACCCGGACAAGCAUUCAUGGUGUACGAGCACGCCAAUUAAACAAGUCAUAUCCGAUGUCGAUUGCGAUCCCGUGGAGAUUGACAACCUCGUUUGCCUGGGCGCAUGUUUCAGUUAUUCCAUACCGAGAACGGUUCCGGGCAACAACGGCGAUGAAGUCAAUUCGUACUGUGACUCCUGCCAACCCGUAAACACACUAUGGAUUCCUGUAAAACUUAAGUGCAACGAUGGGUCGAAUCACACAAAACGUGUACAGCUGAUCAAAGAGUGCCGGUGUUCGUCCUGCAGCCGACACUGGGAACUGGAAAAUCCUCCGACGGACUUCGUGGACGAGAGAACCUCCACACAGACAUCGAGAUAUAUGCAACURAUGAAACUUGAACAAAAUGAAAACGACGAAAACGAAGAGUCUUUUACAGACGCGGUGUCGAAGUCUGCGGAUGACMCACUGGACGCUGUCAAUUUGACCAGACUGACUUACGAGAAAAACAUUUGGAUUCGAGGUCCACACCAUUCAAAGGUGCUAUUGAGGAAAGAAAAUAUUAUGGUAAACGCACCGAACGUCGUGGCCCACGACGAUAUCGCUCAACAAUAUUUGAGUGAAGACGUGGCUGAUAAGAAUAAUAAACUGUAACAUGGGUUUUUAAUUAUUAUACGUAUAAAUAUUUAAUAUUA